GUGAAAGCUGGAAAAGAUAACCCCAAACGACUAAAAUAAUAGGGGCCAUUUGCAGCGUGUGGUGCAUCGUUCUCUCAGACUAAAAUUUCCUUCCCGUUUGGCCGGAGACGCACCAAGCGCGCACAUGCACCCAAAAAAAAAAGUAAAACAAAAAACAAUGUUGAGGUCAUUCUUUGUAAAGGGUACUCUGAAACAGAACAGUCAACAUCUUCCACGAUUCAAUCAAUGGAGAGCGCUGCAUAAUAGAAAUAAGAAGGCAAUGGAGUUAAUAGCCAAAGGUUGGAGUGCCUUGAAGGAAGUUGAUAGAGUCAUUGAUUAUGCAGAACUUAAGGACAAACGUCUUAUCCCUCUCCUUCGGACAGCAAAGGAGAACUUUGAGUUGGCUUUGGAGGCUGACAAUUCGAACACCCAUGCUAGAUAUUGGUUGUCCAAAUUGCAUCUCAAAUACCAUGUCCCGGGGGCAUGCAAAGCCAUAGGUGCUGCUUUGUUAGUGGAAGCUGCAGAUAUGGGUGAUCCGGAUGCACAAUAUGAACUGGGUUGCCAGCUGAGAGUUGAGAAUGAUUACGUUCAAUCAGAUCAGCAAGCAUUUUAUUAUUUGGAGAAGGCUGUUGAUCAAUUGCAUCCAGGUGCUCUUUACCUUCUAGGUGCUGUAUAUUUGACAGGCGACUGUGUGAAGAAAGAUGUUGCAUCAGCAUUAUGGUGUUUCCAUAGAGCAUCAGAGAAGGGACAUGCUGGUGCAGCUAUAGCAUAUGGAUCCCUUAUUCUAAGAGGUGUUGAGGUCCCAGAAUCUCUGACAAAAUUCAAUUCAAAGAGAAGUUCCUCCGCCCGAAAAUCAGGGAAGGAUGCAGCAAGCACUGUUGAGAAUCCAGUGGAGAUGGCAAGAGAACAAUUUGAAAUUGCUGCAAGAGCUGGAUGUGAUCUUGGAUUUAAAUGGUUGCAAAGACUCGAAGAGGAAGAGAAGCGUUUGCUGGCUGGAUAAUGAAUAAAUUGAAAUUUCUCAGAAAUUGAAAGUUGCUUGCAUCACAUGUCCAAGACACCAUUAUACUGUGUUUGGUUGGGGGAUUUGGGAGGGAUUUGGAAAGGGAAAGGGAAAAAGUAUGUGAAACUAGGUGAAAUAUAGACAUAUUUUAUUCACAUUUCACCUACCUUUUCCAUUUCCCUUUCCAAAUCUCUCUCCAAAUCCCCCAACCAAACACAGCAUUAGGGAAUUUUGAUACCUUGUGCCAAGCAAAGUAAGUUCGUUUUUUUUUGGUCCCAUGAAAGGUCUUGCAGAGAACUGGGUGACUGUUUUGUAGUUGAGUUCAGUCUUCACUGCUUGUUUGGUCCAAAGGAAAACGACAAUUAUGUUCAGUGAUUGUUUUGUCCAAGAAAAUGACAAUUAUGUUCUCAUUUCUCAACCGUCUUAAUGAGGAACUAUCUUUACUGUACAAUUAUGCUUCAAAUCUAUAGUGAUUGAUGGGUUAUUUACCCAAAUUGGCAACCA